ACGCGGCGCAACACAUGCAGCCACUGUCAUCCCUAGCCGCUCUGUUGUUUGCUUCGUUAAAUUGUUUCACUUAUUUUUUAUAAAUUGAAAACAAGAUAUCGCUGUAAACAUGAUUGGAAGCAAGAAAAAGACGAAAAAGGCGAAUGUCUUUAAAGAAAUAGAGGACAAUUUCGAGGAGCUCACCAGCAAUCCAGAGCGUUUCCUCAAGCCACAACCAGACCAAAUAGAGGCCAUUGAGCAGCUCAUCCAGCAGACGUACAUCGUGAGCAUCAGCGGCGAUGUGGCGAACAAGAAGGACAUACUGCCAGAGCUGGUCCUGGAGCACAUGGACGAGGAGCAAAUUUGGCAGCAGCUGGAGAUACGCAACGAGUUGGUGUUAGAGCAGCUGCUGGAGAGCACAGCCAAGUUGACGGCCAUGCGAGAGCAGCAUCUGGGCAUUGAACUGGACGAUGGCGAGGAAGAAGAAGACGAGGAGGAGCAGGACGAAGGCGAAGACUCAGCAGAAGAGGAUCAAGAGCAAGAAUCGGAUCUCAGCGAUGAUGAGAAUGACCGGCCAGCGAAACAGAAAGCCAUAGCGCCCAAACGCAAGCCCAGCAAGCGGGGUCGCAGUUCUAUAGUUGACGAUACCUUCUUCAAGCUGGAGGAGAUGAAUGAGUUUCUAGAGCAGGAGGAUGCCAAAGAGAUGCGCCGGCUGGAUAGCAAACGGCGAGGCAAUCAAACAGAUGACACCAUCGAUCACUUUUCGGAGAAUUUUGGUCUGGAUGACAGCGAAGAUGGGAAUGUUAACUAUGCAGAUUUCUUCGAUAUGGAUGAAGAACUGGAGGAGCAGGCCAACAUCCAAGGCAAAGGCAAGCAAAAGGAUUUCUUUAACGAAAUAGAAAGUGAAAAUGAACAGGACGAGGACGAAGAUGAAGACGAGGAUGGUGACAAUGCAGAGCUUGAUUUGGCGGAGGGUGAGCCCGGCGAGGAUCAGGAGGAGGUGGCUAGCGAAAUAGAUGAACAAGAGUUUGUGGCCAAAAGUGGCAUCGAACCAGCCAGCGACAGCGAUUCAGGUUCUGACUCCGAGAAGGAAGAACAUGAAGAGGAAGACCAAAUGACGGUCGAACCGCCCUCCAAGUCCUCCAAUGAACUGAGAGAGGCCCGUUUGUUCCAACGCAUUCGCGACUACGAGGACGUGGUGCUGGGCGAGAAGCCCUGGCAGUUAAAGGGCGAGGUGAAGGCGGCCAAUCGCCCUCAAAACUCGCUGCUUGAGGAAAUUCUUGACUUUGACUCUACAACCCGACCCACGGCUCCGAUUACCGAGGAAGAUAAUCGCUCCAUAGAGGACAUUAUCAAGCAGCGGAUACGGGACAAAGCCUGGGACGAUGUGGAGCGCACAGUGCGGCCGGUAAACACGCCACAGGAGUACCGCAAGCAGCUUGUUCUCGACCAGGAGAAGUCCAAACAGUCCCUGUCCCAGAUCUAUGAGGCGCAGUAUCAGCGCGAACUGGAUAAGCUUGAUCCCAACCGCGAUGCCGACGAUAAAUCGGGUCCAGAGCCCAAAGAGCAUCAAGAAAUCAAGAGAGCCAUGCGUUCGCUAUUCCUCAAGCUAGACGCCCUUUCCAACUUCCACUUCACACCCAAGCCGGUGGCGCCAGAGGCCAGGAUAGUGACCAACACGCCGGCAGUGCAUAUGGAAGAGGUGGCUCCUGUGGCUGUGAGCGAUGCCAAGCUACUGGCACCCGAGGAAGUGUUCCGCGGUCCCAAGCAUGCGCCUCUGGGCAAGGCGGAACGCGACCGAACAGACAAGAACCGCGAACGCCGCAAGAAGAAGCAAAAGCAGCGUGCCAUUAACACGGCCCUAGAGCAGAGAGAUCUGCAGCGCGCCAAGGAGGGCAAGGCGCCAACGAAGAGGGAGGCGGACGCCAAGCUGCUGAAGAGCAUAACCAAGAGUCGCAAUGUUGAAAAGAUCAACACGAGCAGCAACGACCAGGGUGCUCUUAAGUCCUCGAAGGCGUUCUUCAACAAGCUGCAGGACACAACAGCGGCGACAGCGAGCAACAAGCGACCCAAGAAGGAUUCGUCUAAGGCGAACGCCAAGAAGCUCAAGCUUUAAAUGUACAAAUUAAGACUCCUUCUGUUAAUUGCCUUUUGCCAAGUUUUCGCCUCGCCAGUCACGUUCUUGAAAACGGUCGCAGGCACACACACACGCCCACGAAGGAGAGCUCUUGUGGCUCCAAUUUGGUGCACCAUGGGAGCUGGCAUGCGCCGGCAUUUCGAGAAUUGCCUGUGCGAGUGGCCUGCGUGUGUGGGCAUGCGGACUGUGUGAGUCUUUGCGUCAAGGACAUUCGGCGGUGGCCUGGCGGGGCGAUUAGGCACACGUGUAAUGUGCAAGAUGUAACUCUUUUUAGAAUUAUUUUACUUAAAAUAAACUGUUUGCUAUAUAAAUAGAGACGAAAUAAAAGGAAGUUGUAAGUAAGCCGCACAAAUGUGAGCAAAUACGAUAAA